AUGAUCAAUGCACCGGACAUGUCCCAAUCCACGGAAUGCAACCAACACGCAGGUGCACCGCCAUCUCAGCAGCGGAAAAGCUGGCGGUCCUGGAUGCAUGGGAACCGUGUGGUGAUAUCUCUGCCGGUUAAAGCAUUCUAUAGCAGCCUGGAUGAGUAUGCGCACCAACAGCGGCGCAAGCUUAUCUAUCAGGGGCGGCAAAAGCGCAACGACAUCGAGUUGACUUCAGGCAUUCCGAAAUAA